AAAGUUCUCCAACUUUUCUUCUUCGUCAUCUUCUUCACAAAAAUCACCAUCAAUUUUUCUGCUAAUCCAAAUCCAAUUCCAUGUCCUCCUCCAAGAAGAUUACUCUCAAGAGCUCCGAUGGCGAGUCUUUUGAAAUCGACGAGGUCGUUGCUCUCGAGUCUCAGACCAUCCGCCACAUGAUCGAGGACGAUUGCGCCGAUAACGGCAUUCCUCUUCCCAACGUCACUAGCAAGAUCCUCGCCAAGGUCAUCGAGUACUGUCACAAGCACGUCGAUGCGUCCUCCGCCGAUCCCCGCGUGUCUGAAGAGGAUCUCAAGGCCUGGGACCGCGACUUCGUUAAUGUCGACCAAGCCACUCUUUUCGAUCUCAUUCUGGCUGCAAAUUAUCUGAACAUCAAGAGCUUGUUAGACCUGACAUGCCAGACCGUAGCUGACAUGAUCAAGGGAAAGACCCCAGAGGAGAUCCGAAAGACCUUUAACAUCAAGAACGAUUUCACACCUGAGGAAGAGGAGGAAGUUCGCAGGGAGAAUCAGUGGGCUUUUGAAUGAUUUGAAGUCUCAUAAGAGUGCUCAAGGAUCUUGAUCAAUAAGGUCUGUACAUGGUAGUAGUAUUCGAUCUCUGUUGUAUUCACAUAGUUUGUGAAAAUGGUACUGUAUGAACCUAAUCAUAAUUGUAUCAUGAUCAUGUUUGUGUGAGGAAUGCAUUGACUACCUAAUUGUCUCAUACCAUCAUUAUGUUAAAUUUUGAUAGUAGCCUAUACUCAA